CGCCCUCUUAUGUUCGCCGUUGGACAGGUCGACCGAUCGAGCAACAUGGCGUCGACUUUCAAGCAGGAUAUGCCGCCGAAAGGCGGCUAUCCACCCAUCGAUUACAAGCGAGUUCUUCCAAAAAGGGGGAUGUCUGGCUACAUGAUGUUCGCUACCUGUGCAGCUGUCAUGGGAGUUGGAACAUUUUUCUUUGGCAGACACAACCGACAACGAAGAUUGUGGCAAAGAGAGGAAUACGAAAGUUUCAUCGGUAUCAUGCCACUCUUAAAAGCUGAAGACGAUAGACAGAAGUUGAAAAUACUGAAGUCCAACUUUGAGCAAGAAGCGAUCAUAAUGAAAGACGUACCGGGCUGGAAAGCAGGGGAGAGCAUCUAUGAAAGCAAGCGUUGGAUGGACCCCAUGUUGGUGGACCUCUACUACCUCCAUCCCAAGAAAGUCCGAGACAAGGAAUUGUUCGGCUUCUCCACCUAUGUAUGAGGUGGUUGUUGCUGUGGCAACACAGCAGGGAUCAGUGUUUUUACAGUGUUAUUUUCAAGGGUGGGGAUGUUGCUUUGUUGCAGUGGUUGGAUCAGUCGUGAUCAUAAAUUGUGCAUUAGUUUGUUUGAACAACAUUUACAUACGUUGUAUCAAUUAUUUUUAUAAUUUGUACAACGUUUUUAUCACAUGGGACUUGUAAGACUGUUGUAAGAUGUCAGAAACAAUGGUCUUAUCAAUGGAAGUUAUCAAAUAGUCAAACCCUUACUCUUCAAAAUUUGCCAAUAUUCAGCACCUGGUUUUGCAGAAUAGAUUCAUAACCUAGCAGCACUUUUAUAGUCAUGAUGUGUCCAUUACACUAAUGCACAGAUGUGAUAUUGUGUAUUGAAUUUCAGUGUAUUCUUACUGUUUAUCAAUUGGAAAUGUUCAGGGAAGCAUCUAAGUUAAUGACAAAAUGAACUUCAUUUACAUCAUCGAAGUUCCAUUUUGGUCAAACUAAUCCAAAUUCAUGCAUUUCCUGAGCUCAUAAUCACAUUUUAUUUCCAAAGUAUGCAAGACAUAGCAAUACAUGUCCUUUCAAUAAUCCUCUGUACUGAUGACGUCACACUUUGUCUACGCCCGCGCUUUUCUAUGGAGCUACGAAACAGUCAUCCCCACUAGGCUCCCAUAAGAAAGCACAUGUGUAAACAUAGUGUGACGUCAUCAGUACAGAGGCUUAUUAUUCUGUGGUUUUUUCAGAGGUGAGUAUGUUUACCUAGAUUUCAAUUUCAAUGAUUGCAUGCUGACGAAAAGUUCUGAAUAAUUUCCUUGAUUGCUUAAAUUAAUGUUUAGUUGAGAUUGUGUGACAGUGUUUGUUUGAUAAAACCGUAUUUUAUGAGCUAGGCCACAAUCAAGCGCAAAUACAUAAGUUGUAAAUAAAGUUAACCAUCAAGUUUAAUUCAACAA